CCGCCUCCCCCGGAGAUCCAGUGUCUUUAUAAAGAGCAGCCUUGGUGUCACUCGUCCUAUUUUGGCUGACAGUGCGGACAGGGAGCUGUCUGCCUUGGGAACAACUCUGAGAGACCUCUCUAGGGGAUAGUUGCUUCUCCACUUCCAAGAUGGGUGACCAGGCUAUGAGCUUCCUCAAGGACUUUCUAGCUGGGGGCAUUGCUGCAGCUAUUUCCAAAACUGCUGUGGCUCCCAUUGAAAGAGUUAAAUUGCUCCUGCAGGUAAGAUCGGCAUGAUUUUAUUUCCUUAUAAAAUAAUGUUUUUAUAUAUAUAUAUAUAUAUAUAUAUAUAUAUAUAUAUAUAUAUAUAUAUAUAUAUAUAUAUAUAUAUAUAUAUAUAUAUAUAUAUAUAUAAAUGAAAAUAUGUGUUUAUGGCUGAGUAUUACCCACUGUAUGCUGCUAUAAUUGUGUUUGAAAUUUUUGGUUAUCAGACAGACAGUGUUGCCAAACCCAUCACGUGUUUGACUUAAUUUGAAAUGAGCCUGAUUAUUAUUAGUUAUGUCUACAAAAAUGAUGUUCCUAAAGCUAAUUGGUGUAAUUUAUCCCACUGGACUAUAGGGAAAUGUAAUGGAUUCUACUGGAAAUAAAUUCAGGAAGCACUUGUAUCUAAUCUCAGAACUGUCAGAGUCUCUUUAAGGGAUUGUCUGUAGACUAUAAAUCUUAUUACCCCCAGUAGCUGGAGUGAUAGUAGAUGUCUGUCCCUGCCACAUGAUCCAUAUGCCCCACUACAUAGCCCCCUCCCUUCCACACACACUUGUUCAUACACAACCCCUCUUUUCACCUUCUAACAGCUACUGCAGGGUUACAUACUCUGCCCCUUGAGCCAAAAUAGGAAGGGUAGUAAUCUGAGCCUCUCUGUAUUGCAGCUUUGAGUGACUAAAUAUGGAAGGUGCUUUCUGCUCUCCCAUGGGAAGGACCUGGAGUUCCUUCCAUUAACUGUUUUUAGAACAGAGCCAUCACAAGGUCUGACAGGAAUGGCACAGAGCACAUGCCAAGUGAUUGACACAGACAAGGCCUUCUAGCACACAGUAACACUACAAUACCUGCAAAAAAAGCAUUUAAAAAAAUAGUUUGAUGAAAAUAAAUAUUCUACUGGCACCUUAGUAUAGCAGUGUAACAUUUAAAUUCUGAAAAAAUAUUACAUUGGAUAUUAAAGGACUGUCAUUCAUAACAUUAUUUGCAGGGUUGUAUACUAAAGUGACUUUUGUCAAGAAUUCAAAGUAAAUCAAAAAUGAAUUUCAAAUUUAAGAUCAAAGUAGCUGAAUUGGAAGUAUAGCUGACGUGAAGAUUUUUUUUUCAGAACAGCUAUAUUGACCUUAAAUUUGAAAUUUAUUUGAAUUUACUUUCUACUUCCUGAAAUUAUCACUUUAGAGAGUAACCCUGAAAAUCAAAUAUUAAUCAACAAAUAAUUUAAUCUUUACCUUGAGCUAGCUAAAUGUGUAUCAAACAAAAAUAUAUAAGCAGAAAUAAAAUAAAAUACCUUACAUUCAAUUACAGAAAGUCUCCCCAGUACUCAUACUUUCGAAUGGCUACAAAACUCUUUGAUUUCAGUAUACAUCAGAGAGAAUGCUGGAUGAGGUGCAGACAUGACUAGAACCUCCCAGCAUCCUCCUGUUCCUCUCAGUUCUGGAACCUGGCUUCAGCUAAAUGGUUUUUAAGUGCACGUGAAAAUCUAUACAUUUGAUAAUGUGUAGAUGAAAUUACUGCAGAUAAUAGGGAUAAACCAAGCUCUAUAUAAAUCUCGACUCCAUGCUUUUUGGACGGGUUAUUAUGUUACAAGUCUAUUGUCCAGGUCUUGAUGCACAUAAGAGAUUAUGUAUGAAGAGUUAAUGGCAAAGUUCUAAAUGUGGGGAAGUUACCAUGGAAAGCAUUGGAAUAAUCCUGCUAAUUGCUCCAUUUUUAGAAAUGAACCUCAGUAUGUAUUGUAACUAUAGGGAUUUGCAAAUAUUCCUGCAGACAAUAUAGGCCUUCGGCACUACAGAUGAUGUGAACUACACCUCCCAUGAUGCUUUGCCAGUCAGACAGAGAUAUUUACGGCGUGCAUUAUCUGGGUGGACACACACUAUAAGUAUUCUUUAGCGCUUUCUCGAUCCAGGGUUGCAUGUUCACUUCUAUGCUAGUACCUGUUCACUGUUUGUAAGAGAAUAGGCAAAAAUCCAAUGUAUUAAAGGACCACUAUAGGCACCCAGACCACUUCAGCUUAAUGAAGUGGUCUGGGUGCCAGGUCCAGCUAGUAUUAACCCUUUCUUCUAUAAACAUAGCAGUUUCAGAGAAACUGCUAUGUUUAUAAUAGGGUUAAUCCAGCCUCUAGUGGCUGUCUCAUUGACAGCUGCUAGAGGCGCUUCCGCGCCUCUCACUGUGAUUUUCACAGUGAGAAGACGCCAGCGUCCAUAGGAAAGCAUUGAGAAUGCUUUCCUAUGGACUGGCUGAAUGCGUGCGCGGCUCCUGACGCCCGGCGGUAGGGGGGCCCUGAGGGUGAGGGCACCCUCAAGGCACUAUAGUGCCAGGAAAACGAGUAUGUUUUCCUGGCACUAUAGUGGUCCUUUAACCAGUUGCUACUGAAAUCCCAUGACAGUAGCCCAUUCAUGAAGGCGUUCAUGGAAAUAUUGGCAUUAGCCUGGGCAGACGUUUCAUUCAUGUUUUCUGAUGAAUGGAACUGCUACUGAGUGCUGAAGUAUAACUAUAUGUCUCAUAAUCUAAUGCUGAUCUUCCUCCCAUUGAAAAUUAUCAAAUUACUAGGAUUGGCUGACAAGUGUGAAAUACUUUGCAGUCUGAAAAGCGCUCACUAGAGGAUGCUGCAAAUCCACAGAAUCCUACAGUUCCCUCUAGCGGUAGUGUUACCUAGAGCACCUUGUCUUCUUGCUAAGUGUGAGGACUUUCACGGAGACAAACUCUGGUACACAGCCACUAGAGGCAGUCUUAAACCUGCAAAAUAAACAUUGCAGUUUCUCUAAAUUGCAGAGCUAAGGGAACAGGAACACUGCACCCAGAACAUUUAAAUGUGAUGAAGUGUUCUGGGUGCCUAUGGGGUCCCUUCAAUAUGAAACAGUUUAAGAAUAGUUUGCUAUAAACUAACGGCCGACCUGGUGUCUAAGGCCCCUCUCUCUACCACAUUGAUCAUGCAGAAUUAUUACUUUUUUUUGUACAACCUAGAAGACAAUGAUUGGCCGAGAGUGCUGGGUGGGUUAUCCUAGCAUUCUCAAUCAGUGUCAUCCAGUUUGGAAUCUCCAGUGCCCCUUUAAAAAACUUUGUUCACUGUGUUACUUUCAGAUGACAGACAUUCAGAAGGUGCCAACAUUAAUUUUUGGCUCUGAAAUGUACUUGUUGUCUUCAGGCCCGAGGUCCAUAAUAUGAGCAUGAGGAACAAAAUUGUAGCAGACGGAAAGUGAUAUCUCCUAAUCAUUCUUAAGGAUAUGCAUUCUUUGCAGAUUGGGAAAAACUUUCACUUGGACAGUUUAUUGAGACUUAUCUCUGGAGACAAUUCACAGCAUAUGACAUAUACAAUAUUAAAGUAAAACAUCAAUGAUCAUAACUAGGUGAGCUUAUAGCAUGAAUUUAAAAUAAGUAUGGAGGUGUCUUUCCCCUCCUCCUGUCGAUUAUAGUUAUAUAAAUACAUAGCAAUCUAAGUUAAAAAAUAAAAAGACUAAAGUUCAGCCUUGCAGUGAAAGCCUUCCCCAUACUGUGUGCAGUCAUGCUUCUACCUGGCUAUGGAAUAUUAAGUAUUUAGUUAUUAUUAUUAUUAUUAUUAUUAUUAUCAUUUAUAUAGCGCCAACAGAUUCCGUAGCGCUUUACAAUAUUUUGAGAGGGGGGAUGUAACAAUAAAUAGGACAAUUACAAGAAAACUUACAGGAACAAUAGGUUGAAGAGGACCCUGCUCAAACGAGCUUACAGACUAGUUAACGUAAGCUUUCUUCUCAUACCAUGCAAGAACAUCAUAAUGUGCAUAGGCUGGUUUAUUGCUUGUGUAAUUGAGGACACUUGGACACCGAGAUGGCAGGCGGUGGCCUGUUUAAAUCAGGCUAUUUUAGCAAGACAUUGAAAAUGAAUAGAGGAUGUAACUACCAAGAGCUGUAAAUGGUGGUAUACUCUUGGCUAUCUCCAUUUGAAGAUACUUUUCAGUGGCCCAGGAUUUCAUACCAGCUUGCACCCUCGUGCACACGGAAAGUAAAAAGUCUGGUGCAUACUAAGAUGGCUGCCUACAGGUUAGUAUCUGCACACAGAAACGUGUAAUGAAAAACAGGAAAUUGUAUCGUAACCCAAAGCACAAUCAGAUUUUGCUCAUAACUUACUUAAUGUUUUUCAUGGAUGUAAAUACUCAGCAGCCCAUGGCAUAAAAAAUUGUAAUUGCUGAUGAAGGCAAAAGUUUGUAGUUGUGACUUGAAAAUGUAAACAUUUCUGGUUUCGAAUUACAUUGAAGCUACUAUGAGUUACCAUAAACAAUAAACAGUAGACAGUGUUAUCAUCAUUACAAUUUUAUAGACCGUAGAAAGACAAAUGAGGAAUUAACAGACAUUAUGUGCCAUCCUCCUGCGCGGUGAUUGGGUGGGUUUAGUUCCGAUCAUUUAGAAUAGAUCUUGCAGAAACAUUUUCACUGCUUAUUAGUUUUACAAUUGACUAAGCAGCUUCAUUUAUUUUCUAAGUCUGCCUAACUUUAGCCCACUCUAACUUACAUGGGAGUAUUGCUCCAGAAUCUCUUCACAUCUCUGCAUAUAAAUUAAAGUCAUUAAACAAUGCCAAUUAUGUUUAAGGAAUGGGGUAUGUUUUUCUAAGUUGAUCAGUUUAUCUUUCUAAAAUCUGGAUACAGUAACAUCAUAUAAAAUGCGUGUACAACUGUGCUGUUCUGUUACAAUUUAUUGGUCAUGGUGUGGAUUUCAUUGUAACUAUAAUAUGUAAACUUGUUGUAGACAGUCAGGCCUUUUAAUUAACCAGUUUAUUUUCCCUAAUGUCAGGUCCAACAUGCCAGCAAACAGAUAACCGCAGAGAUGCAAUACAAGGGAAUCAUGGACUGUGUGGUCAGAAUUCCCAAGGAGCAAGGCUUUAUUUCCUUCUGGAGAGGCAAUCUAGCCAACGUCAUCCGUUACUUCCCAACACAAGCGCUCAACUUUGCAUUCAAGGACAAGUACAAGCAGAUCUUUCUGGGUGGGGUAGAUAGGCAUAAGCAGUUCUGGAGGUUUUUCCUUGGUAACCUGGCAUCUGGUGGAGCUGCUGGUGCUACUUCACUCUGCUUUGUGUACCCUCUGGACUUUGCUAGAACCCGUCUUGCAGCUGACGUGGGUAAAGGUACAGCCGAAAGAGAAUUUUCUGGCCUUGGAAACUGCUUAACCAAGAUCUGGAAGUCGGAUGGUGCUAAAGGUCUAUACCAGGGGUUCAACGUGUCUGUCCAGGGCAUUAUCAUUUAUAGAGCAGCCUAUUUUGGUGUCUAUGAUACUGCUAAGGGUAAGUAUCACUGUGUAGAGAAGGUUACAAAUGUACAAAGAAAUAAAAUGCAUACAAAGAAAUAUUGGCACUGCUUGUAGUUGUAGACUAUAUUUCUAAGGAAGCCCAGCCAUUCUUUAGAAUUGUUUCUAGUUAUUGUUUAGGUGUUUGAUAAAACAUGGCGGUGACAUAGCUCCGAUACUCCAACUAACUACCUCCGUCAUGUCGGCUUCCUAGCUGCUACAAGUGACUCUGGAGCACUUCAGACUAAGUUGCCAAAGCUUGACUGGGGUCUAUGAGGAACUUUUCCAACUUACCAGGCUGCAGUGAUGAUAGAUCAGGAGACCUUCUCUCGUAUAAAGCAGAGACUAUAGCUUUCCCCGCAACACUUUAGACAAGUCUGAAAACAGGGGAUAGAAUGACCUUUAUUGCACAGCACACAUCAAUUUACACAUGGUGGUAUAUACUCUCUCUUCAGGUGGACCUUCAUACAAUUCAAUGUAGAGUACAGGUGUCCCUUCUCAGCGCCACUCUGUCUGGAGACUUAAUUACAUUAUAUCCAGAAAACACAAGAGACUUCCUGCUGUGCCCUCAUAGUUCUAGAGGAAAUGACAGAACCCACUUUUCCUUUACCAUACCACCACAAAUAAAUACAGUAUAUAUCCCUGGAAAGCUCACCACUGAGAAACCACGCCCGAGUUACAGUGUGUUAGUUACGUGUAAGUUUUACUGGGUUUCAACUAAUCUACAAUUCAAUGAGGAGAUCCAGGCAUGAGGCAGCGUGGUACCGGUUUUCAAAAAGGGUUCCAAUACCCUUGUGGGGGAGAGUGCACUCAAGCUGAAGGUAUCCUCUGAUGCUGCCUUGCCUCAUCCAAAUAAUGUUCUAUUUGGAGGUCGGGGAACUGAGCGAUACCCGCUUUAAGAUUGACCGGACCUCGGCACAGUCCCGAUCCUAGGAAGAGUUCCAAAAUAUUUCAGGGUAUCGCCCGGUGAGGCAAAAAAUGGGUCCAGGCCCAGAGGUCCUCAAGUCCAGCUGGGAAGCACAGUAAGCAUCCAGGGCCCCCAUAUCCUUACCCACAGUGACAAUAACCCCUUUCUAGUGCCUUUUGACCAGGCACAUGGUAUGUGGACAGGAGGCUGGCAUUCAAGCCUCUCCAUAAGUCCCUUGCAUGGGAGCUUCCAUCACAAUGGCUAAAUUGUUGUUUUCUAGAAAUGUGUAUUGUUUUUAUAAGAAUGUCAGUUGUGUCACCUAUACCCAGAAUGCCAUUCACACAUAAGGUUGUUACUGCAUUGCUUUUAUCAGUAAUUAUACUAGUAUAUAGUAACCCUGAUUGCAAGAUGAACCAAAAGUCAAAAACGACCCAGAUAUCUGUAAGAGACAAUCAAGAUGGUGGAAGGGUAGAGUAGUAUUGUUUUGCACAUUCCUCCUGAGGUUAAUAUAAAGCUUAAAAUCCAAAAGUUUGAGUCCAUAUGUAAUGAAGACCUGUGUGUGCAAACAUAGAAUAAUUGAAUCCAUUGGCUGAAUAAACUUCAUCCAUUAUUUCUUCUUCUUUGGAUUCACUAUUGUGCUAACCUUAAUGAGGAAGAAGCCCUUGUAAACUAAUUACAGAAAGAAGAGCCUUCACCUCAUUAUUAAUUGAUAACUGUAACCCAAUUCAUAAAAUAUGCUAUCGUGAUAUAUUAAUACUAAAAUUGUUAUUAUUAUAAUCACAUAGUAACAGUGAAAAUGCCUCAGCACAACUGGAAUGUAGAAGAUAUUAUCAACAGUGACAUUCUAAUUGAUACUGAUUCAGGGUGAUGUAAUUUAGUAAUAACUGUAGCAGUACAGAUCUCUUCUUCUAGCUUGUUAUGGGCUUGCCCAUGGUACUCCAAUGUUACCUGGUCCAUUAUAAUACACAUUUUUCUUCACCUACAGGUAUGUUGCCAGAUCCCAAGAAUGUGCACAUUGUGGUGAGCUGGAUGAUCGCUCAGUCUGUCACUGCCGUAGCCGGUCUAGUCUCCUAUCCAUUUGACACUGUAAGACGUCGUAUGAUGAUGCAGUCUGGCAGGAGAGGAGGUAUGUUAUGCUGUGACUAUGGUCCUUUUGUAGUUAAUCAAUUAAGCUUAGUGAUGGACGGUGUGGAUUUCUGUAAGCCCAGUAAUUAACGCAUUAAGUAUUUACCGGGUUUGGUAUUGACUAAGUUUUACAUUAGACUACACUCUGGAAUAACAUUUACAGGUUUGUUAGUCACGGUCAGACCCCUCAAAAUAUGGUUUGUCCCAAGUUCAAUUUCUGAGCCAAAUAGUCCCAGAUUAUAGUCAUUUUGUAAAUUGGGCCUCUAAUAUAGGGUGUAGUGACAUAACUAUGAUAGUUGCAGGAUGCUGGUGUGGCUCCAGUGGAUGCAGCAGUACAUUUCCUGGUUGUCUUGCAGAAGCUGCAGUUGGCCUUUGUUAGAUUACUGACCAAUACAUCAGUGUAGAUAUAGGCAUAGCCAUCACCGCAAUGGAGCCAGAGGUUUGCACUUAUGGUGUGCGUCUGCACUGCAGGAGCACUCUCUAUAUGUGUUGUCAAGGGGAACCUGUUACAUAUUUGAGUAAAAAGUGAGUGGUGCAUAUAACUUCUAUUAUAAUCUCAACCGAUAUAAUACACUUCAAGUCACUUCAGAAAAAUGGAUAUCUCCUUAGAUGCACAUAUUUACGCAAUACAGAUUAUUUCUUAAAAUGAAUCUGUCAUGACAGAUUCAUUUCAAUAGAGAACAGCUCAUAAAGUAUGGAAUAUAUCAAAUAAAUCUACAUUUCCUUUAAAAGCUGUUAUGUUAACACAGGGCAUGACAAACUUUCUUGGUAUCUAAAGCCAGCUGAAAAGUUAGUAGUAGUUUUUUUAAAACUAAUAAAGCUUUAUUUUCAACAACAAAAAUACAAUUGGUAACGGAAAACUAUAAUCACCAAAACCACUGCAGCUUAAUGUAGUUGUUUUUGUAUUUAUCGCCUGUCCCUGCAGGCAUUUUAAUGUAAACACUGCCUUUUCUAUGCUGCCUAGUAACACCUUUAGUGACAAUCACUGAGAUGGCCACUAGAGGUGCUUCUUAGUUCAAUGCUACACACUGUGCAGAACCUAUGUUCAGUGUCUCCAUGGAGGAGCUGCUGAUUGGUGCUGUGAUGCAUUUUGCUGAGCAUAUGCAAUAGCCAUCCACUUAAACAGGCACACACUGAGACACACACAGCCUCUCAUUUCCAUGGGGUGCAGGGUGGCUGCUACAAUCUUCAAGCUUUUCUUGCUCUGCUCCCUUGUGUACUGUUUAGGGGCCAGAGUGACGUCAUAUCCUGUCUCCCGGCAACACAACUGGAAGACUAUAGCUCCCUCGCCGCCUCCAUUCUCCCUCAGCUGGCCAUAUGGGAUGGCAAACACCCGAACACCAGGACAAAAUUCCUAGUCGCCAUGGCGACCUGGAAUUUGUUGAGCCCUGUGUUAAAAGUACACAAAUAAUAAUAAUAACUUCUGUAGAUAUAACCCCAAGGAAAAUAUGCAUUUGUUUUUCAAAAUUUCUUUAAGGGUUUUAUGAAAUUGUGGUUGGAUAUCUAGUAUUAGCAGCUAUUUCAAGCCCACCCUUUUUGUUCCUCAGGUUUCCGUGCUUCCAAUAAUAUGCUUCUCAAUACAAUGUAUUAAAGCUCAUUGAGAAGUCUUAGCAAGGCAGGUGCUCUUGGCAAUUACUGCCUUUUGAGGUUAGCUCCAGUGAGCUAACGAAACCAGGAAUUAACAAUACCAGCUGUGUGGUUGAUAGUGGGGAAUGUGCAACAAGGUUUAUUUAUAAAAGUAUAGAUUUCUAUUGAAAUUAAAUAAAAAAAAGAAAGAGGUCACACUCUCGACACAUAAAACACUUCAGGAUGAUUUAUGUUUUUGGAGCGUUCAUUUAAUAAUCGCCUCCUUUCCAGCAUGGAAGUGUCUCCCUGUUCGAGAGAUUCUCCAUUGCCAGAGCCGAGAGAUAUCCGUUACUCUGAUCCUAUACUCCUCUAGCAAGUGCAAGAUGUGCACAUUCACUGUAAUUGCAGUGAUGCACAGCAGGAGAACAAGCUGUACGGAGGUUCUCCUGCUCUCCUCACUCACUCAGUUUUUGGUACCGAUUGUUAUGUGUACAUGUGAAGAAGGAACCUUAUUUCUUUAAAUAGUUUUUAACAAUGUAGUGGUGAAUUUUUAUUCUCUCUCAUCUAAGGUAAAGUGUCUUGCACAAGCCUUAAUAACAUAACAGUGUUUAUAAGCUGUGUAAUUAUCUAACCAUCUUUCUCCAUAUUCCAACAGCUGAUAUUAUGUACAAGGGAACAAUCGACUGCUGGAAGAAGAUUUCCAAAGAUGAGGGACCUAAAGCCUUCUUCAAGGGUGCCUGGUCCAAUGUUUUGAGAGGCAUGGGUGGUGCAUUUGUCCUUGUGUUGUAUGAUGAAAUCAAGAAAUAUGCAUAAAUUGAAUAAACUCGAUUAAAGCUUUAGUACACUUUUUAAUGACUCAGUGCAGCAUCUGUUUUCAGAGGCAAAUAUGUAUUUCCUAGGGAAAUUAACAUGGCACAAAGAGGACACAUUCAACAGAAGUGACAAUGCAGAAACCAUAUACCAUAUACAUUUUGUAUACAGGUAACUGAAUCCACUUAACACCUAGGUACCCUCUAUACAAAUCUAUUUAUAUAUUAGUCCUGUAUUCUUUUUAAUAACAAUGAAAUAGGUCUUGCAAAGGUUAAUGUAGGUCUUAGUUGAAGAAUAGGCCUUCCAUAAUUACAGAAGAUUACAGAAAAAAUACAUUAUAAUUUUAGCUGUCAUCGGCAAUUAUGUACAAUUGUGGUCUGAGUUCUUCACAUAUAUAUAUAUAUAUAUAUAUAUUAAAAAAAAUAAAGUCAAGUAAAAGUUUUUUGUGACAUUAAACAAAGAUGCACUGUAUUUUGUUAUUUAAAAAGAAAAAAAAAAGUUAUAAUAUUGCUAUUACGUGUUAUUUAGAAUGUCAGCAUUCCCAUACCUAUAAUAGAAUGAUACUACGAGGAGUUUAUAACAAGAGCAGCUCAGUGGUGGUGUUCUGAAAGUGGAACAAUAACCACGGAAACCAUUGGAAUGAUGGUUACACCAUUUAUGGCACUUUUCCCUAUAAUAUUCCUUUAUAAAGACCAGUGACUACCAACUUGUUAUACAAGUUAUAUAGCCAUAUGAAGCCAAUUAUCUACAAUAAAAAUUUACACGUGAAUGCAAUGUAAACUUGGGGGUAGUGUCAACAGAGAAUUUUAAGAAACACUUCAUAACCACACAUAUCAGAGUCCCACCGGUUGCCUGUACCACAUUUGAUCUGAUCAGAGCUGCAGAAGCAUGUUAAUUCCUUGUGAAUGCCAAUUGAGUGCUCUCAGUCAAUAAAUGAGUUGAAUGAGAUACUGCAUUGCACAAACAUGCUGUCUGGCUUUUACAGCUUUGAGAAAACCAGAUGUAGAGGGGCGCCUGGCGUGAUCCAGGUAAGUGUGAAUCUGUACUUGUGUUAAGUGGUAUUUGUGCUUGGAAUAUAUACAUGCAAAGGGUCUGUGCAAUUGUUAUAUCAAGUACAGACUGAUGUUAAUGUCAACUGUCCUACUUUAGGACUUUACUUUUUGAGUGUAUUCACUAAACCAAGAAUUGUGGAGAAUAUAGGGGAGAAUUGCUGAAAU